ACACGGAUUCGAGCACCAUGUCGACCUUCGAACCCGUCAUUGUCAUCGACGGCAAGGGGCACUUGCUCGGUCGCCUCGCCAGCACCGUCGCCAAGCAGCUUCUCAACGGCCAGAAGAUCGUCGUUGUGCGAUGUGAGGCCUUGAACAUCUCGGGAGAGUUCUUCCGCGCGAAGCUGAAGUACUCGGCUUUCCUGCGCAAGCAGACCCGUUUCAACCCCACCCGCGGUGGUCCCUUCCACUUCCGCGCCCCGUCUAAGAUGUUCUGGCGUACUGUGCGCGGUAUGAUUCCCCACAAGACCGCCCGCGGUAACGCCGCUAUGGAGCGUCUGAAGACCUUCGAGGGUGUUCCCGCACCAUACGACAAGAAGAAGCGCGUCGUCGUCCCCCAGGCGCUGAGGGUAUUGAGGCUGAAGCCCGGCCGCAAGUACUGCACCGUCGGCCGUCUCGGUCACGAGUUUGGCUGGAAGUACCAGGACGUUGUUGCCCGUCUUGAGGAGCGCAGGAAGGUCAAGGGUGCCGCAUACUACGAGCGCAAGAAGGCUGCCCGAAGGCAGUUGGCUGAGGCCAAGAAGACGGCAAAGGUUGACAGCAAGAGCCAGGAGCACCUCACCUCCCUCGGAUACUAGAUAUCGACAGAUGAUGAACAGUGUCGGUGUCGGUAGCGUGGUUUGGCGUGGAAUGCAUUGGGCUCAUGGGAUCUUUCUUUCCUCUACUAUACUUCGACCAUUCGAAAGGGUGUCCAGGCUAAAAGAGCACAUCACUACCAGGUGCUCACGUGUUCAUGGGUCUCUUCGCGGUCGGUCUGCUGUGUCCUCAGGUACUCUUCCGGCUAGAAGAAAUACGAAAUGAAAAUCCCAAGGCUACAUGUACAGCAUGGUGAUGGCGUUGCUGU